AUGGCCACCGACAUCCAAGAAAUACGCACAACCAACGCUCCGGCCCCUCUCCCCGUAUUCUCCCAAGCCAUCAAAGCCAACGGCAUGGUUUUCGUCUCCGGAAACAUCGGCUUUAACGUAGAGACGUGGACACUUGUCGAGGGCGGGAUUCAGGCUCAAACGGACCAAACGUUGAAGAAUAUCAAAGCCGUACUCGAAGAAGCAGGGUCGAGCUUUGAGAAGAUUUUGAAGCUGAAUGUUUAUAUCAAGGAUUUUGGGGAUUUCAAAGCUAUGAAUGAGACUUAUAUUACUCAUUUUCCGGGGCGGAAACCGGCAAGGACUUGCGUUGCGGUUGCGGACUUGCCGUUCAACGCUAUUGUUGAAAUGGAAUGUACUGCUCUUUGUGAUUAG